UCUUGUCACUGCACUACAGGUUGACAUUUUCCUGCUCUGAGUGGCAGCAAUCGGCCAGGAAGCCGGUCAGAUCUUACAUAUUCAUCAAAACCAGGACAAAGUCUUCAGGAGAUCCUGUGCAACAAACCACAUUAACCCUGGGAGAGUUGAGGCUACUCACAGUAUGAUCUGCUCGUGCAUGCUUACACAUCUUUCUGUGUACUGAGUGAGGCACAAGGUUUUCAUUAAACUAGACGCAUUUCAUGAUCACUGUCCAUCAUGAUGAGGCGCCUGCUGUAUGUCCUGUUUACUUUGAUUGUCAUUGCCAUCUUCGUGACAAUCAUCUUGUUUACAUCAAGUGGUAGCAAAUCAUUCUCAAGCACAUCUUUUGCAUUUAAAGGGAGCAGAAAUAUGGAUUCUUCUGAAAGCUUUCAUUUCAAAAAUCAAAGCAAGAGGCUGCUUCUCAGUGUAAACCGUUCCUCAUGCACCUGUAAAGGGCAUCAUCUCAUCAGUACAGUGCCAAAGGAAAACCUUUGGGCUGUUGAGAACCGUCGGGCAGAGGAGUACAGGCAACACCAGAUUAGGACAACAACAAAUUUCAACAAGAUUAUUCUCGCUCUACCCAACUCGCCACUUCAGUACCCUAUUUAUGGAUUAACAGUCAUUCCCAUGAAGAAAAGUUUGAUACCAGGUUUAGCUUUGCAUGCAGACAAGAGGGCCAAAUAUGAGGUGUCUCUGAGUGUGCAGAAAGGUGUGUUAUCAGUGAGCAGUGAUCUGGAGGGAGUGCAGGUGGAGGGGCAGGACCAGAGCACAUUAACCAUCUCCUCCACUCGCCUGGACCUUAUCAGCCAUCUGCUGAGCAGAGUGAUGUACACCAGCACUGUCUACCACAUCAGGACAAGUGACAUGGUUUCCUUCUCUUUCGAGGACCAUGAGGCAAUAUUCCCCAUCACAAUCCGCAGGCCUUCAGUACCUGUUCUCUAUGAUCCUGGAGAAGACAUCAACUCCUUGGUGACCAUAGCCACUAAGACUUUUCUCAGAUACGCUGAGCUAAAGGUUCUCAUCAACAGCAUCCGCCAGUUUUAUCCAGACAUUAAGAUCAUUGUCGCUGAUGACAGCCUAAAGCCUGAAAGUGUUUCUGGAACCAACAUAGAACAUUACAUCAUGCCUCCUGCACAGGGCUGGUUUGCAGGCAGAAACCUGGCCAUCUCACAGGUCACCAGCAAAUACUUCCUGUGGGUAGACGAUGACUACGUGUUCCAUGAGAAGCCACAAAUUGAGAGCUUUGUGGAGGUUAUGGAGGCCGUUCCAGAGCUGGAUGUGCUUGGUGGAGAUGUUGGUGGGAACCAUUUCUACUUUAGUCUUAUGUAUGAUGUAGGGGAUGAGAAUGAGGGUGGCUGCAUGAGUCGGUCCUUCAGGAAGGCACACAGCCCGUUGCCUGGCUUCGAUGGCUGUUACCUAGUAGAUGGAGUGGUCAAUUUCUUUCUGGCCCGGACAGAUGCGGUGCGAAGGGUUGGUUUUGACCCUUUCCUGAACAGAGUAGCUCAUACAGAGUUCUUCAUUGAUGGACUGGGAGCUCUGAUGGUCGCAACAUGCAAAGGAUUCUCAGUUGGUCAUCAGAGCAGGAACAUAUUUUCUAAGUAUAGUAAAUACAGGUACCUAAUGAAUGAUGAACAGGGAAAACUGGCCCAUCAUUUCUUUAAGAACCAUCUCAAGUGCAUUAAGUACUGAAGCAGGAGCUUUCAGGAGGUAUACCGGUGUUCUUUUGACGUGUUUCUCUUAAAUGGACCCACAGAAGACCAUUACCUCAAGUAAGUCAAUAGAAAAUUGUAUGACAUGUCCUUUGACAAAGAACAGCAUGUGCUUGUCUCUUUGGUGUUCAGCAAAUAAAAAAAAGCAUGCAUUAUAUCAGAAUCACAGACUGUACUGAAGGUUUUAUCCACAAGGCGGUGAUGGUGAGCUGCUGUUGUUCAAAGGUGGCCUGUCUUGUGGGUUUUUCAGCAGAGCACAGCCCUUAUAUCCACAGUGAUUCUGUGUUUGGGUGCUGGUGGCAUUGUUUGUUUCUACACACAAUUGCACAGUUUUCAUGGAGCCUUUUUUUGCCUAGUGCCACCUUUUCUAAAUAAACUUAAACUUCCCUAAACUGGUCCCUCCAUACUAGCACUUCACUGUGAAAUGUCACUCUUUGUUAUAUUUGCUCCUAUGGAGAGCGCAGUUAAGGAAGAGGAUGUAAAUAAGUGGGUAAACUGUGAGACGCCCUUGCCAACGUUCAGCGGAAGCAGGAAGCUGUCGUUACCAUGACUACAGAAAGAGGCUUAGCUCAUCUAGCUGUGUUUUUAUGCGUUGUGUGAGCACUUCAGCACUUGCAAGUGGCAAAAAAUCAAGCUACCAUACAGUGAAAGCAGGCAGGGGACAGCAGGCAAGUCAUUUCUUGCCAUAUGGUUUCACUUUAUGGUAGACACACUAAUCCACACAGUUAAACCCACAGCCCAACACAAUAACACACCAUCAACACAUAAACACCAUAAUCUCGAGCUAACAACAAAGUUAGCAAAUUAAGAACAAUAAGCAUCUUUCCAUGUCCUCGUCUCCCAAGCUCCUACAGCAGUGCAGCCCUUGGUGGAUGCCACUACAUUGCUUGGUGAAGGAACUGUUUAUUGCGUUUACUAUGAAUAAUGUAAAUAAUUUUUUGAACAUUUGGUGUAUUUUACAUUUCAUAUUGGAUUUUGUUGCUGCUUCAGAAAAACCUGCUUUACUCUGGGCCAAAAUCAGUGUGACGAUGCACUUCUUGGUUUAAUUUUAUUUUUAAAUUAUUGCUUUAUUUUAUCUUUAUUUCAUUUUAUGCACUUUAUUUUAUUUUUUUGGCACAUGUGUAACAUGAAAUCUUUCAUAUACAACGUGAGCACUGCCUCAAUGUCUUUGGGUUGGGUUUGACCCAGGUUAUUAUUGUUUUCUUUGAAGUUUCAUGUAUUCAUUUGCCUGUUCACAGUAAAGAUUUUACCCCCCAAAAA